CCUCAACAAUAGCAUUCUCCCCCAAAUACAAUUAUUGCAGGCAGGAUUUCUUCAAGAUCAAGAUCAAGAUCAUUCACAAUGCGUUUCCUCGCAGACUCGGCUGUUCUUCUCAUUCUUGCCUCUUUUGUCUCCUGUGCACCUUUUCGUCCUCGCGCGCAGAACGAAGUUCAAAUCACCUUUAUCGGGGCAGCUGAUGCCCAGUUCAGCCAAAGCUUCCCCACCGAUGGAUCCAGUGUCGCUAUCAGCAACCCCUUGAGCAUCUCCCAUAUUGCGUCAAGCACUGCCGGCGUCACCUGUACCUUCAUCGGCAUCGACCGCAGCAACACCGUCGUCUCCGGCGCCGCGACUGUGGAUGUCGGUCCUCCCCAGACACAAACGCAGGGCUCAUGCGUCGCGUCGGGCUCCAGCCCACAGCCCCCGCCGACCCAAAACCCGCCGCCAUCUGGGGGUCAGGGUCAGGUUGCCAUCACCUUCCAGGGGGCGGCCAACGUACAGUUCAGUCAAUCAUUCCCGCUCGAUGGCUCUUCUGUUGCAAUCACCAAUCCUCUUAGCAUCUCCCACAUCGUGUCUACCACCAGCAAUGUCCGCUGCACUUUCAAUGGCAUUGACCGCAGCGUCACUGCAAUUACUGGUGCUCAGACCGUUGAUGUCGGACCUCCCCAGACACAGGUAAAUGGAGCUUGCAGUGCUGCUUGAGCAUCGGAUUCUAUCUCGUGGGAGAUAUACGGUCCUUUCCAGAAGAAAUGUUAACGUGGCCUUGUGCAUUUCCCAUCUUUUCAACUUCAUCAUUCUCGGUUCGAUCUUUGGUAUAUGGCCAACUUGCGGGCCCUAAUCCCUGUUCAUUUUCAUUCUGCUAUGUUUAUAAGACGAUCCUUGAGCAUCCUUGUGGCGAAGAUACAUGAACAUUGAAUAGUACGCACGACC